AUGGCCCUGUACGGCGCACCCAUAUGGUGCGGUAGUUUAAUGCCUAGGAACAGGGCGGUUCUGCUUGGUGCACAGCGGGUGGUUACCAACAGGAUCGUCCGGGCCUACCGCACCGUCGGACGAGAGGCAUCGUGCGCCUUGGCGGGAAUCCCGCCCUGGGAUUUGGAUGCGAGUGUGCUAGCGGACCUAUACACCCGCUGCACUGCGCUCCGGUCUCGGGGCAUCGAACCCUCGCCGGGGCAGCGUGAGACCUGGCGCAGACAAGCCCGCCUCGUCGUAUUCCGAAAUUGGGAACUAAGGCUCGCCAAUCCGACGGCGGGGCGGGCUACGGUGGAGGCAAUCCGCCCACAUCUCCAACAGUGGGUGGAGAGGCGGUACGGUGUUUUGACGUACCGCCUCACGCAGAUGCUGACCGGACACGGUGCCUUCGGGCACUACCUGUUUCGGGUGGCCCGAAGGGAGGUCACCACAGUGUGUCAUCAGUGCGGUGACGCGGAUGACACCGCACUUCACACACUGGCCGCAUGUCCGGUCUUUGCGGAGCCUCGCGCCGAACUUGUGUCUGCGCUGGGUGGAGUGGACGUCGCCGAGUUGUUCGAUUCCGGAAGGAAAAACGAAAAGCCCAGCUUAAGAAACGGAUUAAAAGAUGGCGGUCGAUAG